GAGAUGUCCCUAUUUCAUUUCUAGGUCACUUGGUUGAAUUGCGAAAUUACCCAGAAUGCCGUGCAGCUGACCACGUAGUGAGGCAUGAUGGGAUAUUUUCGCAGCUGGUAGUUUCAAAAUGUCUUUUUUUCAAACGGAGUAUAUAACUCAAGCGAAAAAAUUGAGAUAACAGGGAUUGUGUUUUUGAGACACUAAAUCCCUGGCACCAUCUUCUUUUUGCGUUAAUCAGGAUGGUUGGAAAUAUACUAACGAAGUAAUAAGAAUUUGGUUAUCGAAUUUGGAAAUGGAAUUAUGCGUCAAGAAUUAUAAUUAUCAAGAGAGAAAUGGAAGUAUUUCAGCAGGAACCUCGAUUGAAAUGAAAAUGGAAUUACAGUCCAAAAAUGUAAUUUUCAAGUAAAAAAAUAGAAUUAUGCUCUGAGGAAUGUGGCUAUAUGAAGGAAAUGGAAUUAUUGUUCAAGAAUGUAAUUUUCAUGUGAAAAUGGAAUUUGUGCUCUGAGGAAUGUAAAAUGUAAUUAUCAAAAAGAAAUGUAAUUACAGCUAAAAUAUGUAAUUUUCAUGGAAAAAAUGAAUUAACAUUCUAAGUAUCAAAAGAAAAAUGUAAUUAUCAAAAAUAAAUGGAAUUAUAAUUUGAAAAUGCAAUUAUCAUUUGAGAAUGGAUUUAGAAGGCAAGGAAUGUAAUUACCUGUUUUAAAAAUUGGAAUUAUGCUACAAUGAAUGUAUUUAUCACAACACAAAUGGAAUUAUAAUGCAAAGAAUCUGAUUUUGAUCUAAAAAAAUGGAAUUAUUGUUCAAGGAAUUCAAUUACUCUUUAAAAAAGUUCAUUGGUCAGUUGAACAGCCAAUGAAAUGUCAAGCCAACAAUGGUGUCAUUCUAAAGAGCAAAGAUCCACCGUCCAUCGCAGUCAGUCAGUUAGCUGGUUACCUAUCCUCCCUGCAUCAGGCACCACAUCACCAAAGGUUCGCUGUCGAUGGCCUCACAGCAAUGAUUUUAAGAUGUCACCGAUUCGUCUUCGGAGUCUCUGCUUAAUUCUUGUGAUUUCCUCAUUGACCAAUCAUAUAACAGCUUCUGCGAUGACCCCAUCAAUACCAUCACACAGCGCCACAACUGCUGUAAGUGUUUCUGCUGCUGCCACUGCUGUUGUUCAUUCUGAUUCGUCACCACGAACAAUGGCGAUGAUAACAAGAACCCCGCAGCCUGACAAAGGGAUUAUUAUGACUCGGCUUACACCAACUGCUGAACUUCCACCUCCUCAACAGACACCAACCAAUUCCUUGCAGGGUUCAGGGUUGAGCAACUCCGAGAUGGACGACAUGACAUUGUCGAAGCCAACGAAAUGUUUGACAAACGUUAGCAGGCAGGAAUCAAAGCCAGGCGAGGUUUUCACCGCUGACGAUAGCUUCAGUUCUUCGAGAGAAACAGAGGGAGAUCUGGACAAAAUGGACUCAAGUGCUAUCCAAAGCGACAGCAGUGGUGCUUUGUCAAAAGAAAAUACCUCCAGCUAUAAGAGACGAACAGCCAAAAAUCGUAGCAAAGUGAAUGCAAGUGUUUUCAAAGCAGACGAGAGUGACGUAACACCUCAAACACAUAGACCUAGUUACAAGAGACGAACAGACAGAAACCCCAAUAAAAAUGACACGGGUGUGCUUCGAGACCAUACUGAUAAUAUAUCACAUACAAAUAACUCCAUUUCCGAUGGACAAAUAGACAUACCCCCCGAUAAAAACAGCACAGAUGCUUCCCAAAGUGGCCAUACAAACAUUACACCACAGGCAAAUGAUUCUGAUUACACGAGACGAACAGACAGACAUUUCGAUAAAAAUGACACAGAUGCUUUCCAAAGAGACUAUACUGACAAUAUUCCAAAUGCAAAUGGCUCCAUUUCCAAGAGAAAAACAGACAGACAUCUCGACGGAAACGAUACAGAUGUCUUCCAAAGAAGUCAUACUGGUGCUAUACCACAUGCAAAUGGCUCUGCUUAUGAGAGACAAAUAGACAGAUAUUUCACUAAAAACGACACACGUGUUUUCCAAAGAAAUCAAACUGACAUUGCCCCACAAACAAAUGUCUCUAAUUACGAGACAGAUACAGACAGACACUUCCAUAAAAAUGACACAGACAUUUUCCAAACAGACGAAACUGAUAUUGUCCCACAUAAAAAUGGCUCUGGUUAUGAGAAACAAACUGAUAGACAUAUUAAUAAAAACAACACAGAUAUUCCCCAAAGAGAAAAUACUAGCGUUAUAUUGCAUAGAAAGAGUUCUGACGAUGAGGGUCAAACAGACAGACAUUUCAAUAAAAACGACUCAGAUAUUUUCCAAAGAGACAAAACUAACAUUGUACCUCAAUCAAAGAACUUUGGUUAUAAGUGGAAAGCAAACCAAAGCCUUGAUAUAAAGGACGUUAAAGUUUUUCUGGCAGAUGAUAGUAACGUAACUCCGAGAACAAAUUCUUCAGGUUACAAGAAAGGGUAUGACAAGAGAUCCGGUAAAAUAAAUGCUGUUAUUUCCGAUAUGAAUACCUCCAAAAGUCUAUCAGUAGCGAAUUUCACUAGUUACAGGAGAUGGAUAACCAACAAAAUUCUUGGUAAAGAAAAUUCUGCUUUUUUCCCGAAGGCCAUAUCUAAUAAUAGAAACGCAACAAAUGACUCCAGUGAUGGUGGAAGGUUUAGCAAAGUAGAUCCCUUCGGAAGUUUGCCCUCAACUACGGUGAGAGAGGGUGUACACCCGACAAGUCCCCUCGUAAAGUUACCAUCAGCAACAGAGAGAAAACGCUUAUGUCAGAAUAACUCCUGUAAAGAUUCACCCUCCGCAAUACAGAGAGAAAGCGUAUACCAGACGAGUCCCCUUGAAGAUUUACCCUUAACAACAGACAGAAGUGUACAUCAGCUAAAUCUCCUUAAAGAGUUACCUUCAACAACAGAGAGAGGAGGCUCACAUCCGACGAAAUCUUAUGAAGGUUUGUCCUCAGCAGUAAAAAAAGGCGAUAUGCAUCAGUCAAACUCUCUUGAAGGUUUGCCAACACCAGCAGAAGGAAGAAGAGAACAUCAGACAAACGUUCUUCAUGGCUUACCCAUUACAGAGAGAGGAAUUCAGCCAUUAAUGAAGAACGAGAGAUCUUACUCGCAUGGAAAACUUUCGCGAGAAGACGACACUUUUCGUGAUAGCACAUAUGCGUAUGAUGCGCAGCAGUUUCUAUCAUUUAGACAUACUAAUAGAACUUCCAUUGGCGACCCUCCAGACGACAUCGGUGAACGAAAAAGAGAACGGGGAGGAAUAGAAGGAGAGCAAGAAGAAGGAGAAGAAGAUGAAGAAGAAGAGUCAGGAGAUGGAGAAUUUGGGCAAAAGAAUUUUACAUAUGAUGAUAGCUACCCUUCGAUGAUCGAACUGGAGUCAGACAUAAUUCAAAGCGAUACAGGGGCUUGGACGACAAGAGACAAAUUGGAAGCUCCAAAUGUGAUCCGUCUGGGUUAUCUGACUGGCUCCCAGACCAGAACAAUGAGAAGAGAGAACAGCAAAAUAUACAGGCGUAGCAGUAGCAGUGGUAGUAGUACUAGUAGUAGUAAAAGAAGUGGAGACGAAUAUUAUCGAAGGCCAGGCCAGGCAAUUUCUGGAGCUCUGAGCCUAGCAGUGGCCGAGAUCAAUAGCGACCCAUCGAUACUUCCUGAACACCGAUUGGAAUUCAUACCACAGGAGACUUACGGUGAGGAAUCGGAAAGCAUUCGUAAAACAACGCUGCUGCUUGAUGCCAACAUUUCAGCUUACAUUGGUCCCCAAGAGACAUGCCUAUAUGAGGCCAGAAUUGCCGCUGUCUUCAAUGUACCAAUGUUAUCUUAUUAUUGCUCAGACUACACAGUCAGUGACAAACAGCGGUACCCAACCUUCAUCCGGACCAAACCCACAGAGGCCCAAAUCUCUCAGAGUGUCGCAUCUCUCUUAUUGACCUUUCAGUGGACAAAGGUCACCUUUGUCUAUUCAGAUGAAAUGGAGUUCCAGUUCACAGCUGAGGCUAUCGUCAAGUUGCUUGAAGCUAACAAUAUAGCGGUGACCCAGCAGGAGAUGUAUGACGGCCCCUACUUCCACAACCACGUGGAGAACCCUUUUGCAGACAUUGUCUCGCGGACCUAUGUGGACACACGCAUCUAUGUGAUGCUGGGCCAGUCGUACGACUCUGUUGGUCUGAUGUCUAACCUGUACGAGAGAGGAUUGCUGGACAGUGGAGAGUAUUUCGUGGUUGGAGUCUAUCUGGAUUAUUACGAUUACAGCAACCCAGCCAAGUACCUUGCGGGUACGUUCGUGUUCCAGAACCUUGACCUUAUCGCCGUGGCGUUCAAAUAUUACAUAGGGGUGAUCCACUCAAGCCCUAUGUACCCUGAAUAUACCCGGUUCACUGAGCAAGUGAACCGCUACCUUCAGCUGCCACCUUUCAACCACCACAACCCAUACGAUGCUAUCAACAUAAAUAAGAUUUUACGACCUGAAGCAGCAUACCUGUAUGAUGCAGUGAAGCUGUAUGCAGAUGCAGCACACCUGGCCUGGAAGGAGGGCCAAGCAGUGGACAACGGGCAGGAGAUCUUCAACAGGAUUCAGAAAAGGACAUUCAAAAGUGCAAGUGGCCUUUUCUUUCGUAUAAACUCCGAUGGAGAUGUAGAAGGUAACUUUUCAUUGGUGGCCAGACGUUACACCGAAAGCAAGGGCUGGGGAUUGUAUCCUGUCGGGGUUUUCCUGCUUAGUGAAAACCUCACGGGUCAUCUGACAUUCCACCUGUAUGAGGGCGAGAAAAUAAUGUGGCCCGAUGGGAAGGCCCCUCCCCUUGAUGAACCCCCAUGUGGAUACAGAGGGGAGCGCUGUAUCCCUCCCAAAAAUUACAUCAGAGAGAUUAUAGGUGGCGUUGUUGGUGGUAUUGCUGUGGUUAUUAUUGUCUUCCUAGUUGUAAUCUACAGGAACUGGAAGUAUGAGCAGGACCUUGCCAGCCUCUUGUGGAAGAUCGACUACAAGGAGAUCACGUUUCGCGAGCCCCUAGGGAGCACCCCCACACAGAACUACACAAGGCCCUGGCUGAAAUCCCUCAGUGCUGGUGCAAACCUUCUGAGCAAAAGAGAAAACUCAGCAUACAUUCCCAGAGUCAACGGAGCAUUCUAUUCCAGCCAGCUGUCCCUGGGGUCACACCUGGAGUUCAAUGAAGCGCGACACCUCUACACGAGGGUUGGCACAUACCGGGGCCAGUUGGUUGCCAUCCGACAUGUCAACAAGAAACAAGUGGAACUCACCCGAGCCGUGAGGAAAGAGUUAAAGAUUAUUCGGGAGCUGAGACAUCCGAACAUCAACCCUUUUAUAGGGGCCUGUGUCGAUGGACCCUAUGUUCUGAUAAUCAGUGAAUACUGCUCCAAGGGUAGCCUUCAGGAUAUUCUAGAAAAUGAAGAACUCCAGCUGGACAGAAUGUUUACCGAUUCCUUGGUCCAUGAUAUCAUCUUGGGUAUGAGUUAUCUCCAUGACAGUGAGGUGAAGUCCCAUGGUAAACUGAAGUCCUCCAACUGCGUAGUGGACAGUCGAUGGGUGCUGAAGGUCACCGAUUUCGGCCUGCAUCAGUUUAUGGCAGAUGCUAAGGACGACAUUGGAGAGUUUGCCUACCACAGAAAUCUGCUGUGGAGAGCCCCGGAACUUCUGAGAGACAAGAGUUCUCCACCACGUGGUACUCAACCUGGGGACGUCUUCUCAUUCGCUGUGAUACUCUAUGAAAUCUAUGGCAGGAAAGGUCCCUAUGGGGACUCUGAGUUUACACCAAAAGAGAUCAUCGAGCGUGUCCGUCGGCCCCACAACGGUGUACCAUUCCGGCCACGGUUGGCCGCCCUCGAAACCAUCGAACGCUGCACCACUGACGUCAUCAAAGAAUGCUGGGAUGAGGAACCAAACAAGCGGCCAGAUUUCAAAGUCAUUCGCCACAAACUGAAGCCAAUGUUGAAGGGCAUGAAAUCCAACAUCUUUGACAACAUGGUGGCCAUGAUGGAGAAAUAUGCUAGUAAUUUGGAAGCAGUGAUCCAAGACAGGACUGGGCAAUUAAUUGAGGAGAAGAAGAAAACAGAAGAACUGUUAUUACAGAUGUUACCACGGUCUGUGGCGGAACAACUGAAGCGUGGAAAGAAAGUGGAGGCUGAAAUGUUCGACAGCGUGACGAUAUACCUGAGUGACAUUUGUGGAUUUACUGCAAUGUCUUCAGAAAGUACCCCCAUGCAGGUAGUAAACCUCCUCAACGACCUCUACACCCUCUUCGAUGGAAUCAUCGGCAACUACGAUGUAUACAAAGUGGAGACAAUCGGAGACGCCUACAUGGUGGUCAGCGGACUUCCCAAGACCAACGGAAUUCUGCAUGCGGGGGAAGCAGCCUCCAUGUCUCUGCAUCUGCUCGACGCCAUCCGAAAGUUCCGCAUCCGCCACCGACCGAACGACACGCUGAAACUGCGCAUUGGCCUGCACUCGGGGUCAUGCGUGUCUGGGGUCGUUGGUCAGAAGAUGCCACGCUACUGUCUCUUUGGAGACACGGUCAACACAGCAUCACGCAUGGAGUCAACCGGACAGCCCCUUAAAAUCCACUGUUCCCAGCAAUGUAAGGAGUUAUUGGACCAACUUGGUGGUUAUGAGGUCGAAGAACGUGGUAUAGUACAUCUGAAGGGUAAAGGCAACGUUGUGACGUACUGGGUGGUCGGAGAGAACAAAUUCCGCCGGCAGGAGCGGAUCGCCUCGGCCGGACGCCACUGGCACGACACCCCCAGCUACUUCCCGUUGCCAGCAGACAGCAUCAAUGCCAACAGCGCCAACGAAACGAAGAUGAUUCAUCCACCCCCGCCGCCACCACCGCCAGCACCACCGCCACCAUCACCGAAACCACAGUCUAAUCCAUCAGUCCAAGAACAGCCACACUUACCUCCGAGCAAACCCGAUCAAGAUCAGUUUCAUUAUCGCGCACCGCAUCCGAAUACACCGAAACAUACGUCGGCACCGAAAUAUGCUCGUGUGCCAUCACCACGGCUGGCUAUAGUGAAGUCAGAAUCCUCAUCCUUACCGACAUCACCUCUGCUGCACAGGAGCUCCAUAACUCCGUCGACGUUGACCGACGAAGACGCAUCAGUCGAAAGUUACUACUACCUACGGAGCAACUACACCUCCAGACAGGACCUCCACCAUGACUUGCUCCAUGUGCCACAUGUGAACGACGGCUCCUACGACACUGACGAUAAUAUGGCCCCUGAGAACUCUCCGCUGCUGAAGGCAAGUUUCAGAGACAUUGAUGGAGAUGAUAAGCUUCAAGUCACGCCUGUCUAGGUACACGCAGACAUGUACACACCAUUAUACAUUCACAUAUAAAAUAAAAUACAUGUACAAAUAUAUAUAUGUGUGUGUGUGUACAUAUU